UGUUUAUUUAGGACACUUGCAAUAGUUUACAGACUACUGUUUUCGUACCGUGCAUUAUCCCUUAAUCAGAUAUCCACAUUUGUGUUUUAUUUUAAGUGGUUGUGUUUUUGUAACAGGGUCAUCAUUUUCCCUUUUCAUACCCUUCAGGAACAAGUCCUUGUAUUGAGAUGUUGGAUAACCGAGGAUACAAUAUGAAUUAAUAAUUCUCAUGAAUAAAAGGCCAAUCAACUUGGAAGUUCCCUGCCCUCCUGUGGUGAGCUGGAUUAAGAGAAAUCUAGGUCAUGCUCAUCUUAUCACAGGAAAGUAGGGUGGGAUCAAUUGAGCUGCCUAGGAAAAUAGAACAUGAGGGGAAAAAAAUUGAAAUGCAUGUGGCGGGUAUUUUUCUUAUUAAUACCUGUGAUCAUAGCUUUUGGAGUUUCUCAUUGUGAUCAUAAACAAUUCCAUGCCCCAGUCCUGUAGUUUUGGAUGCCAUUAACUAUUGGUGUGAUUCUAUAAAUUUUGAAUCAGGGGUCUCAUCCAUUCAACCCAUAUGCUAUGCCUUCACCAAAUGGCAACACCGAGGCUUCUGGCAUGGAAAUGGAUGGUAAGUCAUCUGAAGGUAAGGAAAAGGGACCCAUGAAGAGAUCAAAAGGAAGUUUAGGCAGCUUGAAUAUGCUUAUGGGUAAGGAUAAUAGUGAGCCGGUGGUGAUAGUGCAAGUGAAGGUUCCAGUGAAGGAAGUGCAUAUAUGGAAGUGUUCAACUUCAGUAAAAGAUGAGUGCAUAUAUGACUUUGACACACCACAGAAGGCAAGCGGUGGGAAAGAUUCUUUGGAAGCUGAGGCGUCUAAGAAUGGGAGUUUCGUCCGUGGUGCUCAGAAUGGUGUGGCUCGCAGUCCAUCACAAACAAUGUUGAAUCAAACAAUGCCUGUCAUGCCAAUGGCAACACUUGUGCUCUUCACUACAGUCUGGGAUUCUUUAGGAUUAACAUAUGAUGUAUCCUUUGAGCUAAGCUAGUUUGAUAGGUUGAAACUUAGGUGGUAUGUGGUCUCAUAACUUCAACUCCUGGCAAGGUUUAUAAAGCUGUUGUGUUGAUGCAUGUAAGAAUGUUCUGAGAGGUUUACAUGACAGCAAGAUUGCCCAAAGGGAGCUGGAUCGGAUUAAGGUAUUGCUGGGGAAGAUUGAGAAAUUCGAUGAUCUGAUUGUUGCCGUUGCUGCCAAAGGGAGGCAGUUGGAGAUAAUAAAGCAUGAUGGCAAACCAUAGCUCUGGAGUUCCAUCAUAUUCUGAUUUUCAUUUCUUUUUUCUUCCUAGUGUCCUGUUUAAGUGAUAGAGGUUAUGAAAUUUUCAAGUAGAGCUGCUGCUGUCAUUAACUUGAAAGAGCAGAUUUGAGAGAGGCCUUUUUCUUUUCUCCUUUUAUGGGAGUUGUUGAUGAUACAGACAAUCUGUUGUUUGGUGGUCAGACUACUGUUGUAUUGUUUGA